CCGCGCGAACCCAGGCCGGAGGGUGCGAGGAGCCGGAGGCGGCUGGAGGGGGUGGCGGCUGCCGCUGGCCUGGAGAAAGUUGGCCCCUAUACAGAUGGCAACUGAGAUAAAAUGCACACUUGCUGCCCCCCAGUAACUUUGGAACAGGACCUUCACAGAAAAAUGCAGAGCUGGAUGCUGCAGACUCUAGCUUUUGCUCUAACAUCUCUCGUCCUUUCAUGUGCAGAAACCAUCGAUUAUUAUGGGGAAAUCUGUGACAAUGCAUGUCCUUGUGAGGAAAAGGACGGCAUUUUAACUGUGAGCUGUGAAAACCGGGGGAUCAUCAGCCUCUCUGAAAUUAGCCCUCCCCGUUUCCCAAUCUACCACCUCUUGUUGUCUGGAAACCUUUUGAACCGUCUCUAUCCCAGUGAGUUUGUCAAUUACACUGGGGCUUCAAUUUUGCAUCUGGGUAGCAAUGUUAUCCAGGAUAUUGAGACUGGGGCUUUCCACGGGCUGCGGGGUUUAAGGAGAUUGCAUCUGAACAAUAAUAAACUGGAACUUCUGCGUGAUGAUACCUUCCUUGGCUUGGAGAGCCUGGAGUACCUACAGGUCGAUUACAAUUACAUCAGUGUCAUUGAACCCAAUGCUUUUGGGAAACUGCAUUUGUUGCAGGUGCUUAUCCUCAAUGACAAUCUCUUGUCCAGUUUACCCAACAACCUUUUCCGUUUUGUGCCCUUAACGCACUUGGACCUGCGGGGGAACCGGCUGAAACUUCUGCCCUAUGUGGGGUUGUUGCAGCAUAUGGAUAAAGUUGUGGAGUUACAGCUGGAGGAAAACCCCUGGAAUUGCUCCUGUGAGUUGAUCUCUCUGAAGGAUUGGUUAGACAGCAUCUCCUACUCGGCCCUGGUGGGGGAUGUGGUUUGUGAGACCCCCUUCCGCUUACACGGCCGGGACUUGGAUGAGGUGUCCAAGCAGGAACUUUGCCCAAGGAAACUUAUUUCAGACUAUGAGAUGAGGCCGCAGUCGCCUUUGAGCACCACGGGGUAUUUACAUACCACCCCGGCAUCGGUGAAUUCCGUGGCCACUUCUUCCUCUGCUGUUUACAAACCCCCCUUGAAGCCCCCCAAGGGGACUCGCCAACCCAACAAGCCCAGGGUGCGCCCCACCUCUCGGCAGCCCUCCAAGGACCUGGGCUAUGGCAACUAUGGCCCCAGCAUUGCCUACCAGACCAAAUCUCCGGUGCCUUUGGAGUGUCCCACCGCGUGCACUUGCAACCUGCAAAUCUCCGAUCUGGGCCUCAACGUUAACUGCCAGGAGCGCAAGAUCGAGAGCAUCGCGGAGCUGCAGCCCAAGCCCUACAACCCCAAGAAAAUGUAUCUGACGGAGAACUACAUCGCCCUGGUGCGCAGGAGCGACUUCCUGGAGGCCACCGGGCUGGACCUUCUGCAUCUGGGCAACAACCGCAUCUCCAUGAUCCAGGACCGCGCCUUUGGGGAUCUCACCAACCUGAGGCGCCUCUACCUAAAUGGCAACAGGAUUGAGAGGCUGAGCCCGGAGUUGUUCUAUGGCCUGCAGAGCCUGCAGUAUCUCUUCCUCCAGUACAAUCUCAUACGCGAGAUUCAGUCUGGGACCUUCGAUCCGGUCCCCAACCUCCAGCUGCUAUUCCUGAAUAACAACCUCCUGCAGACCAUGCCCUCAGGCGUCUUCUCAGGCCUGACCCUCCUCAGGCUGAACCUGAGGAGUAACCACUUCACCUCCUUGCCGGUGAGUGGAGUUCUGGACCAGCUGAAGUCGCUCAUCCAAAUCGACCUGCACGACAACCCUUGGGAUUGUACCUGCGACGUGGUGGGCAUGAAACUGUGGGUCGAGCAGCUCAAAGUGGGCGUCUUGGUGGACGAGGUCAUCUGCAAGGCGCCCAAGAAGUUCGCUGAGAUGGAUAUGCGCUUCAUUAAGUCGGAGCUGCUGUGCCCAGACUACUCGGACGUGGAGGUUUCCACGCCCACGCCCUCCUCCAUCCAGGUGCCCGCGAGGCCCAGCGCGGUGACCCCCGCCGUGCGGUUGAACAGCACCGGGGCACCCGCGGGCUUGGACGCGGGCGGAGGCGCGUCGUCGGUGCCCUUGUCCGUGUUAAUCCUGAGCCUGCUGCUGGUCUUCAUCAUGUCGGUCUUCGUGGCCGCCGGGCUCUUCGUGCUAGUCAUGAAGCGCAGGAAGAAGAAGCAGAGCGACCACACCAGCACCAACAAUUCCGACGUGAGCUCCUUCAACAUGCAGUACAGCGUGUACGGCGGCGGCGGCGGCGGUGGCGGCGGCGCUGGAGGCCACCCGCACGCGCACGUGCACCACCGCGGGCCGGCGCUGCCCAAGGUGAAGACGCCCGCGGGCCACGUGUACGAAUACAUCCCGCAUCCGCUGGGCCACAUGUGCAAAAACCCCAUCUACCGCUCCCGAGAGGGCAACUCCGUGGAGGAUUACAAAGACCUGCACGAGCUCAAGGUCACCUAUAGCAGCAACCACCACCUGCAGCCGCCGCCGCCGCCGCCGCCGCCGCCGCCGCCGCAGCAGCAGCAACAGCCCCCGCCGCAGCUGCAGCUGCAGCCGGGGGAGGAGGAGAGGCGGGAAAGCCACCACUUGCGGAGCCCCGCCUACAGCGUCAGCACCAUCGAGCCCCGGGAGGACCUACUGUCGCCGGUGCAGGACGCCGACCGCUUUUACAGGGGCAUUUUAGAACCAGACAAACACUGCUCCACCGCCCCCGCCGGCAGUAGCCUCCCGGAAUAUCCCAAAUUCCCGUGCAGCCCCGCUGCUUACACUUUCUCCCCCAAUUAUGACCUGAGACGCCCCCAUCAGUAUUUGCACCCGGGGGCAGGGGACAGCAGGCUGCGGGAACCGGUGCUCUACAGCCCCCCCAGUGCUGUCUUUGUAGAACCCAACAGGAACGAAUAUCUGGAGUUAAAAGCAAAACUAAACGUUGAGCCGGACUACCUCGAAGUGCUGGAAAAACAGACCACAUUUAGCCAGUUCUAAAGGCAAAGAAACUCCCUUGGAGCUUUUGCGUUUAAAACCGACGAGCAAGCAGACACACACCGCGAACACAUUUGAUUGUGUUGUUUCAACGUUUAGGGUGAAGUGCCUUGGCACGAGAUUCUCAGCUUCGGAGGAAGAUACUGAAAGGGUGUGCCAUUUCCUUUUCAUAUUACACGCGGGGAAACAUUUGUGUAAGCUGGGCACAUCACUUUCCCUUCUUGCGUGUGGAGGAGACGAAGAGUAGGGCUUUACUGAGGGCAGUUUGCUUUGCGAGUGACUUGUUAAAGGUCUCAGUAAUUUUUGUAGUGGUUGGAAGUGUUAAGAAUGGUGGGAGAUGGCAGCGCAUAGAUUCUAUUCUUCCUCUUUUACUCCCUUCUCCCUCCCCUUCCCCCCCUUUGAGCCAUGGGUGGGUCUAAAUGGCUUUUGUGGAGAGAUUAGCACACCCCAACUUUAAUAGAAGGUUUGUUCUCUCUCUCGCUCUCUCUCUUUCUCUCUCUCCCCCCUGCCCCGCCCCCUUUCUGCUUCCUCUCUCUGCCUCCCUGCCUUCUUCCUCCUCUCUCAUUCCUUUCCUUUCUUUUUAAAGGAUGUGUUUGUAUGCAUUCUGGACAUUUGAA